CCCACCUCGAAAAACUGAACAAGUAAAAUCAACAAACAAAGUCCGGAAGAUGUAGCGAAGAAAGCCAUCGUGGAACCCUUCCACCUAGCGUGCUUUUCUCUGAUGGGCGCCGGUUCCUACUUCAGCAAGGACUCCACCUAUUUUACCGUUGGACAGUAUUCAUCGUUUUCUGUUUCCGUGCAAGAGAGAGUCUUAGGCCAUUCCUCCUUUUGUUCCUCCUCCACCUUCAUCAUCAUUGAAAUGGUGAGCUGGCCCCUGAGAGGUAAAAGGAGGAUUUUCUUAAGCCACACAGCUAAUUAAGUCGCAGAACGGGGAUUAGAACUCAGGCCUUCUGUCUCCCAAGACGGUGAAAAUGAGUCUGCGGAAGCAAACCCCCAGUGACUUCUUAAAGCAAAUCAUUGGACGGCCAGUUGUGGUGAAAUUAAAUUCUGGUGUGGAUUAUCGAGGGGUCCUGGCCUGCCUGGAUGGCUACAUGAACAUAGCACUGGAGCAGACAGAGGAAUAUGUAAAUGGACAGCUGAAGAAUAAGUAUGGGGAUGCAUUUAUCCGAGGAAACAAUGUGCUGUACAUAAGUACGCAGAAGAGGAGGAUGUGACGUUACCAGGAAGCAGUUUUUUUCAUAGUUGGAUAUAUUUUUAUGGAAUAUUUUUGUAUUUUUUUGUUCUUUUGUGAUAUAUUGCCUUCUGUAAUAGUGGGUGGUCAUUUUUCAUCGACACAUGAAUACGAGAGGUGUUAAAUGGUAGAUGGAAUUACAGACUUUCAUGUCUACAUUUAUUUUCUUUUCCGCGAUCAGUGAACAGAAUGCUGAAUUGCAGACACCGUUUCUUCCUGUAGGAUGACUGGGCAUCACGUUUGAGCGGUACCAUCUCAUUUGGUUUGCUGAUGGGCAGGGUGCAUAUGUGGACAUGGAAUUAAAGCAAUCUCGAGGUGUGCUCUUUUGUCCCCGCCUCUUCUGCUCACCAUCUCCUUGCCCUCUGAAAUCGGUAGUUGAAAUGUUCUACGAUGACAUCCGGUUUAAGCCUGAAGCUGUAAGAAGGGCGAAGGGGUCAGAAGCCCAUGUCGACUCUGGUCACCUAUGUGGAAAAUAGAAUUAGGAUCCUAGUGAUGAUGCCGCCACACAUGGAGUACGGAUCUCAAGUGAUCUUGUCCACACGUGAGUCUGAGGCUCACCACAGAUCCGUCACCCACUAGAGCAAAGACCAGGCGUGAUCAGGAGUUGGCUGCCACGCUGAGCACAGGGACGCCUUGCUCAUGGUGCUGCGGUGUGUGCCUGUGAGCCGUCCAGGGAGGAGCGCAGCUCCGGGUCAUGUGACUCCAGGCUGUCCGUGGUUGCGUGGACCUUGGAAGUGUAGGAAUGUGCGCUGGCCUUCCUCUUCCCUCCAGUGUAAACAGUCCCUGGCUCAGGAGGUGGGGUGGCUUGGGAUCGUUGCCUGCUUCUAGGAUGUGGAGGCAGAUGGGGAGCCAGGGAAGACAUGGCGCUCUCUCUGGAGAAGUGUAUGUGGCGUUCGUCUUGUUUCAUUUUAAAGAUCAGAGAGUAAUUGGAAACAAUUAUUCCUUAAUGAAUAGUGCAGGAAAGGUGAAGAGACAUUUCGUGGGGUUUUACUGUGUGCACAUAGAAAAUAAAACACUUUAUGCCAUG